ACAAAUUGUCGCUGCCACGUGAAAUUGUUUUGGGAGCUUCUAGAAGUCAUAAUAGAUCCAGACUGCUGUGCUGCAGAGCUCUUAACAUGAAAAGUCAGGAGUGACCCUGGCAGCUGAGUGACGCAUGUGGGAACAGUGGGAGUGACCCUGGCUGGGAAACAGGAGGCCUGGAUAUUGUUUCUCUUCUCUGUAUCCUGCUCGGCAUCACAGGGCUCUGAACUCUCAAGCUUGUACAAUGGCCUUCCCAGGACGGGCACACCCGUGCACUAUCCCAGAGAAUGAAGAAAUUCCCCAGACAGCCCUUAACAGUGUCCUCGAAGCUAAUGGGAAUGAAGAUGAGAGGGCUGUGUCAAACCUGCAGCGCAGGCACAGUGACGUAAAGGUCUACAAGGAAUUCUGUGAUUUUUAUGCGAAAUUCAACAUGGCCAAUGCCUUGGCCAGUGCCACUUGUGAGCGCUGCAAGGGAGGCUUUGCUCCUGCUGAGAAGAUCGUGAACAGUAAUGGGGAGCUGUACCAUGAACAGUGCUUUGUAUGUGCUCAGUGCUUCCAGCAGUUCCCAGAAGGACUCUUUUAUGAGUUUGAAGGAAGGAAGUACUGUGAGCAUGAUUUCCAAAUGCUCUUUGCUCCCUGCUGCCACCAGUGUGGUGAAUUCAUCAUUGGCAGGGUUAUCAAAGCCAUGAACAACAGNUGGCAUCCUGAGUGCUUCCGAUGUGACCUCUGCCAGGAAGUGCUGGCAGACAUAGGGUUUGUCAAGAAUGCUGGCAGACACCUAUGUCGCCCAUGUCAUAAUCGCGAAAAGGCCAGAGGCCUUGGAAAAUACAUCUGCCAGAAAUGCCAUGCCAUCAUUGAUGAGCAGCCUCUGAUCUUCAAGAACGACCCUUACCAUCCAGAUCACUUCAACUGUGCCAACUGCGGGAAGGAGCUAACUGCUGAUGCUCGGGAGCUAAAAGGGGAGCUAUACUGUCUGCCAUGCCAUGAUAAGAUGGGGGUCCCAAUCUGUGGCGCCUGCAGGAGGCCCAUUGAAGGGCGAGUAGUGAAUGCCAUGGGCAAGCAGUGGCAUGUGGAGCAUUUUGUUUGUGCCAAAUGUGAAAAACCAUUUCUUGGGCAUCGCCAUUAUGAGAGGAAGGGCUUGGCCUACUGUGAAACUCACUAUAAUCAGCUGUUUGGUGAUGUUUGUUUCCACUGCAACCGUGUCAUAGAAGGUGAUGUGGUCUCUGCCCUCAACAAGGCCUGGUGUGUGAGCUGCUUUGCCUGCUCCACCUGCAAUACCAAACUCACACUCAAGAAUAAAUUUGUGGAGUUUGACAUGAAGCCAGUCUGUAAGAAGUGCUACGAGAAAUUUCCUUUGGAGCUGAAGAAAAGACUUAAGAAACUAUCUGAGACUUUAGGAAGGAAAUAACUUUUGGUGUCUUUUUCUCUCUCUUCUAAUCAAUGUUACUUAACUUGACNGACCUUGAUCUACCCUUGCUUAAAACUAUAUCAGAGCAUUAGAAUGAUUUUCUUCAUUUCCAUUUUUCUCAUUUAAAAACGAAAGAAAAUGUUUAUUUCUAUGUAAAACACAUAUGAAAUCAGGACUUUCAUUUCUUUAGCCAUAUUAGUCUGUAUGCAUUAAAAGUAUAUAAACAAAAACAAAACAAAAAAAAAAGGUUAAAGGGUAGUUUUAAUUAAGCCAUCCAAAAUAUAAAUUUAACUUGAGCAUUAAGCACCCUGCUCUGUGGACCAACCAAAGCACUUGUUGCCAAUCCUCGUACUAGGGUGAAUCCUUAAGAAAGCAUCUGAGACGGUGUCCAUGUGAGUCGUGCGGAGCGAGACCUGACUCCCACAAGUUGUCCUCUGACCUCCACAGACGGGCAUGGUGCAUCUGCGCCAGCACAAUUAAUAAACGUAAUAGACAACCACUGUUGUAAGGAGUCAGCUUUCACGGGACUCACAUAAGCUUUGCUUCCCUGAUCGCAUAAGAAGAUCAUUUCCCAUUCAUAUACUGGGAACAGUACAGGGAAGAUAAGUAAAGUGCCCAAACAGUUCCUAUGUUGUCAUGUGCUUCUCCAGUUAGCAUUGUAAAAGGAACAUGCAUAUUACUAAGAAGCAAAAACAUUUCAGGAUGACUGAUUUUUUUUAUUAAAUCACUAAGCUUAGUUUUCUAUUUUGUUCUUAUAAAUUUUUCCUUCAUAAAAUUACUUAACAUACUUGUAACUACUAAUACAUCUUUUACAUUUUUUGAGCAAAACAAAACAAAANAUUACCAGUUAUCUGGAAAAUACUGCAUACAUUGUGAUAUUGGAGAAAUGAAGCAUUUUAAAACUAUAUUACAUGUAAAAUGCAUAGUAUUCAAAUGGGACANGAAAUACACUAUAAUGCAGCUUCGAAUGUAUAGCUUUCAAAAGUGAUCGUGAGCCAGGUGUGGNGGCACUAGGCUUCAAUCCCAGCUCUCUGCAGGCAGAUCUCUGAGUCCUAGGCCUCCCAGGGCUGCAUAUUAAAACCUUGUUUCAGAAAGAAUGACUGUAUCUCGUAUCAUCUUUGUGCUGACAUCUAUGCUCAUACAUAAUCUAACUUGCCUUGCCUUAGAAAACAGCAUCCUAUAAUCAGGAAUUCUAGAUAUUUCUUAUAAUAUCAAAAUAAGUAUUUUUGACUGAGAUUCAUAAAUUUAGAAUCAUUCACCACUGAUACAUACUUUAAAAAUUCUUUUCUCAGGAAGCCAAUGAAAGUUAAUUCCUGUCCUCUUAUUAGAACUGUGCUGAUAUAUUAAAACGUUUUAAUGAAGGCUUUUUCAUUUCAAAUGUCAUGACUGGGCUUUAUUAGUAAGUAAAGCAGGACAGCCGUGUAAAUGACACUUUUAGAGUGAAAGGGGGUAGUAAGAGUAUCAGCUUUAAGUAAAACUUGGUGAGUUCUAUUUUAUAAAAGUUUUUAUCCUGAAAUGUCUGGGCCAUUCUUUUUGUAUAAACUCAAUAUGCAAAAGUAUGAACGUUUUUUAAAUUUGUCUGCUGCUAACAUGUUACCUUCUUUUUCUCAGUUGCCAAGAUAUAUUUUGCAAACACUGCUGGAUGUAAUGACUCACAUUGUAGUCUCAGCAUUUGGAAGGCUGAGGCAGAAAGAUUACCAGGAGUUGGAGACAAAUCCUAGGUUACAGUGUGAGAUACUAUCCCCCAAACAUCCCCACAGACAAAAACACUAGUGUAUCAUUUUGCCAUAAAGAAUAUCUCUGGAGCCUAGGAAAACACUCAGUCAGUAAUGGGCUCACACCAGCCUUAGGACCUGAGUUUGAACUUGGAGGGGGCAGAUUCUUGGAUUUUACGAGGUAGCCAACUCAGACUAACUAGUGAGCCCCAGAUCCAAGGGGGAAAUCCUGUAUCCCAAAAAGCAAGGUGGAUGGCUCCUGAGGAAUGACAGUCAAGAUUGACCCCUGGCCUCCACACACACAUAUGCACACAUUCAGAAAAACAGACAUAUACACACAAAAAGGAUAUCUCAGGAUGCUGUUACUCUGCCAUUAAAAGUUUAUAAUAAUGAAUUUUUAAAAUACUUGAUUAUACACAUUAUGGAAUACAUUUCUGUUUCCAGAUAACUAACUUGUAACCAAUCAUUUUAUUUCCUAAUAUUCUUUUGGAAUUAAGAGAAUUAUACAUGAGUAAAAAUAUACAUGAUUUGUGUUUGUUAAGCAUUUUAAAUUUGUCCUUGCUUUUGACAAUAAGAACCAAAAUUUCUUCAGUGUGCCUUUGUCAGCUAAGAAUGACUAGCAGUGAUUACCUUAAAAGUAUUUAUGAACUAUUAUACAUGCAUUUAGGCAAAUAGAAUUUGUAGUCUAGAGUCUUGAUACUAACUUACAUACCUCACUGGAAGUAUGGAGCAGAAAAGCAGUCAUUCCGUGCUUUCCCCAUCACUUUAGAGGUGUGUGGCCUUGCCUGACUGCCUUUGCUUAUAUCGCAUCACUUAAGCCAGAUUCCCCACUGCUGUCUUUGCUCACUUCUCUUCAGACAGGAAUAUUCCAGUAAGUUUGAUCUCAUAAUUAUAUGGUAAUUCAUCUAGAGAUGGUGCUUUUCACUGUGGGGUAUAUCAUUAGAGCCCUUAGUGUGGAAGAUGGAGGUCUAAAUGGGGUCAAGACAGAGACUUCAUCUAGUUCCUAUUAGUUGUGGGGUUUCACUGGCUGCUGGCAUUUGUCAGUGAACAUCUCUGUUUGAAUUUCUGAGAACAAUCUGAAAUAAUUCAUUGUGCUUAUGAAAUUUCUAAGUGCUCUUUCUGUCCUUAGUUAGCCUAAUAUAACAUGGAAAAUGGAUACACAAGAUUUUUUGUGUCAUGUUCAAAGCCUUAUUAUAACACUUUGCCUGAAAUAGGUCAUUUUGCCUCAUCCAUUUGCCAAAGUAAGCCAAUUUCAAGUUAGGGAAACUUUGAUGUGGGCUGACAGUAUCCUUGUAUUUCAUUGUAGGUUGUAAGCUUAAUGGCAAGAAAUUAUUAUCAAUAAUUGUACUUUUUAUGUAGCAAUCAUUGCUGUGUACUUUUGGUACUUAAUAAAUAUUCAUAAUUAUU